AAUCCACCGGGGGUGACUAAAGGCGCCUUUAGCUGCAGGUUGUCGUGCUGCAUGUGUGCAGGACUGAAGGAUAUCGCAUGUAUGAAUAUACAAUCGUCGUGGAAUUUUUUGGUCUCGAUUUUUUAUUGAUCCAUCCGACGUCAUUUUAGGUGCAAACAACGCCGGCAUGGCCCCGUUCGGUUUAGUGACCGCAAGUGUCAGUCUUCUGGCCAAGUCCUUCAAUUUCUUCACUUGCACAAACACUCUUGCAAGAGUCGUCGUCCGUACCUCAUACAGGAACCAAGUAAAAUGCUUGUCCACCCAAGCCAGUGAGCGUCCAAAGAAGCCUCUCAAUGGAUACAUGAGAUACGUCAUGCAGCAGAAGCCAAUCCUUGCAAGUCAGAACCCAGACGUCAAAAUAAUCGAUAUCGUCAGCAAGAUCGCCCAGGAAUGGAGAGUCAUGAAACCAGAGCAAAAGCAGCCGUACGAAGAUGCAUUUCUGCUGGACAAUGAACAGUUUAAGAAAGAGCUACAGCGCUACAAGGACCAGUUGACCCCAGCGCAGAUCGAGCAGCAAGUCAUCGAGAAGAGGGACAGGUUGGCCAGGAGGAAGGCCAUCCGCAAAAAGAGGGAAGCAACCACUAUGGGCAAGCCAAAACGUCCUCGCUCGGCAUUCAACAUCUAUAUGUCCGAACAUUUUGAGGAAGCCAAAGGAGAAAACACACAGGCAAAGAUGAAGACUCUGUAUGAUCAAUGGAGGAAUCUUUUCGGAAAUCAGAAGCAGGUCUAUACACAGCUGGCUGAGGAUGAUAAAAUCCGCUACAAGAAUGAGAUCAAGUCAUGGGAAGAGCACAUGAUGGAAAUUGGACGAAAUGACCUGCUCAGAGACAAGACUAUCUCGAGCCAGAAGCGACAGGCUGCACAAGCUGAAAAGGCCAAGAUAAAAAAGAAAGUCAAGAAGCUAACCCCCAAAGCCAAAUCAAGAACUGCUAAGAAGACAAAAAGCACGGUUGCAAAAGCUGCCAAAAAGACAAAAAAGACUUAGUCUUUGUUUUUUAGCGGAAUCUCAUGUUCCAAGUGUUAUAGACUACUACUAACACAGGUCUGUGUUUUGUUGGUUUCUCCUCUUAUUUGGAGUUGCAGAAAAAUUGUUGAGGUUCAGCAGAAAUUAAAGGCUGUAAACAUCUCCCACUUUCUUGCCGUACAGGCUUCACUUUCUGUAAUAUAUAGUCACACUUAUUUAGAAUAUACUCUUAGGAUUUAUACAUUAUUAGCAUCACCGUCCUUUUGUAUUUUUUUUAAUAAAAGAAUCAUAUCCA